AUGACCGACUUCCAGCAUGGUUUGUGCGGAUGCUGCGAUGACUGCACCAUAUGUUUGCUGACCUACUUUGUGCCAUGCUACACAGUUGGCAAGACUGCGGAGAAGUUGGAUCAGAGCUGCUGCCUGUGCGGCUUCCUGACCCUCGUGCCAGCCGUGAGCUGCUUUGCCAUGUGCAUCUUGAGAGGCAACGUGCGCGAGGCCAACGGCAUUGACGGAAAUGCGUUUACGGACUUCCUCUCCACCAUUUGCUGUCCGUUCUGUGUCAUGACACAAAUGGCUCAAGAAGUGGACGCUCUGAAGUAA